CGCUCGGGGACCCCCGCGCUGGGGCCGGUGGGCCCUGGAGCUGGGCGGCCAUGGCAGUGGCUACCGCGGCCGCACUACUGGCCGCACUGGGUGGGGCGCUGUGGCUGGCGGCGCGGCGACUCGCGGGGCCCAGAGUCCCGAGUCUGCGCGGAGGCGGGGACCCUGGCCUCAUGAACGGGAAGACGGUGCUGAUCACGGGGGCCAACAGCGGCCUGGGCCGCGCCACGGCCGCCGAGCUGCUGCGCCUGGGGGCGCGCGUGAUCAUGGGCUGCCGCGACCGCGAGCGCGCCGAGGAGGCGGCGGGGCAGCUCCGCCGCGAGCUCCGCGAAGCCGCGGGGGCGGGCGAGCUGGUCGUCCGGGAGCUGGACCUCGCCUCGCUGCGCUCGGUGCGCGCCUUCUGCCGGGAGGUGCUGCAGGAAGAGCCUCGGCUGGACGUGUUGAUCAACAACGCCGGUAUCUUCCAGUGCCCUUACACGAAGACCGAAGACGGGUUUGAGAUGCAGUUUGGGGUGAACCACUUGGGGCACUUCCUGCUCACCAAUCUUCUCCUGGGCCUUCUGAAGAACUCGGCUCCCAGCAGGAUCGUGGUGGUUUCCUCCAAACUUUAUAAAUACGGAGACAUCAACUUUGAGGACUUGAACAGUGAGCAAAGCUAUAAUAAAAGCUUUUGUUACAGUAGGAGCAAACUGGCUAACAUUCUUUUCACCAGAGAACUGGCCCGCCGCUUGGAAGGCACGAACGUCACCGUGAACGUUUUGCAUCCUGGUAUUGUGCGGACUAACCUUGGGCGGCACAUUCACAUUCCACUGUUGGUGAAACCCCUUUUCAAUUUGGUUUCUUGGGCUUUUUUCAAAACUCCCGUAGAAGGUGCCCAGACUUCCAUUUACUUGGCUUCUUCCCCUGAGGUGGAAGGUGUAUCAGGAAGGUACUUCGGGGACUGUAAAGAGGAAGAACUGUUGCCCAAAGCUAUGGACGAGUCAGUUGCGAGGAAACUCUGGGACAUCAGCGAGGUGAUGGUUGGCAUACUAAAAUAGGAACAAGGAGUAAAAGAGCUAUUUAUAAAACGAUAUCAGUUAUAUCUAUGAAGUGCAAUGGUGUUGCUUGAGCACUUGUUACUUGAAAAAACAACUUUAGUUUUACAAUAGCACUACUAAGAGAUACAUAUAGAUAUUUUGAAGUUAUAAAAGUUGUGUUUUGGAUAACUAUUUGAGCAAAAAUGAUUUAAAUAUAUAAGUAUGAAGAAUGAGUAUAAUGAACAGUACAGUUGUAUUUUUAUAAUGUAGUGAACAAGCAUGGAUUACAAUUAUUUCAGAAUUUCAUGACUUAAAACAGGUAUUUUGAACUGUUUUUCCAAUAUCUUUGAAUUUCAUGUCCAAAGUGUGAAAUAUUUUUGCUAUAAUGCUGGUUUAUCUGUGGAAAUAGUGUGCCUAGUGUGUGCACACAAGUCUUACGUGGAAUAAAUUUACUCAUGCAAAUUCUUAAUUGUGCCUUUCUUUAGAGAAGUCACU